AUGGGGAACUCGGCCCAGACACCAGACAAGUCUUUCAACUCGCCGCCCCCAAUUUGUCCUCAUAAGGAGGCCUGUCAACUCGCCAAGAUCUCGUCAGUCAAUACGCAGCGGCGCGUGACGUUCCACCUCCCGGACGGCUCCCAGGAGAGCUGCAGUGACAGUGGGCUGGGCGACCCGGAUCCCAGCAGCACCAGCACCGUGCAGACUCUGCCCCUCAGCUUCCCCCAGGACGAGUACUACGAACAGACCUCCCCCAACAGCCGCACCGAGGGAGAUGGCAACUCCGACCCCGAGUCCACCAUCGAGGUGAACCUGCAGAAAGCCUUGGCCGAAGCCUCCGAGACCUGCACCCAGGAGUGUCUGAUCCUGGGCCACUCGGACAGCUGCUGGAUGCCCCCCGCCCUGGCCCACUUCCAGAGCCCGGUCAGCGGCUCCCCGGCCUCCACCCCCACCACAACCUCCACCGGCACCUCUAUCCAGGACCCUCUGCACUCCUUCGGCUUCCAAAGCUGCCCCCGCGGUUCCAGCAAAGCCACGCUGGUCAGCUUUGGGCUCAUGGACGGCCGCCACACCCUGGGCCGAUCCGUGCCCAAAAGAAACGAUGAUCUUGACAAAGGAACAAACCGUCCGCAGUUCUACAACACCCUGGACAGACACUAUAAGAAAGAAGAGCCGGUUAAGGUCAUCCCGUUGGCUAGUUUCUCGUCUCCGGGGCAACAGACCGGAGGAGGAAGUGGAUCAUUCUUACAUGAGCACCAGCUGUAA